AUGAGCGUUCAGCCCAUACCAGUCUGGCUUGACUGCGACCCAGGCCAUGAUGAUGCUUUUGCCAUACUCUUGACCGCACAUCAUCCUAUGAUAAAUCUUCUGGGUAUUUCAACCGUGUUCGGCAACGCAUCGUUAGAGAAAACAACAUACAACGCCACAUCAAUCCUCACUGCCAUUGGCAAACACGAUCAAGUGACAGUUUACCCAGGCGCCGCAAAGGCCCGGUCUCGGCCGCCAGUCCACUCGCCAACCGACAUCCAUGGAGAGUCUGGCAUCGACGGCACCGAUCUGCUUCCUAAGCCUCUGAGGGCCCCAGAUAGGUCAAUCUCUGCAGUGGACGCCAUGGCCAAGGCUCUUCUGGCUCAACCUGCAGGUACCCCGUGGAUCGUGGCGACUGGGUGUCUCACCAACGUCGCCGAGGCUGUCGAGAAGUAUCCCCAACUUGCGGAGCACGUUGCAGGCCUGUCUUUUAUGGGAGGUGCUGUGGGUGGAGGUUUUACAGCCGCCGUGUCUGGCCAGGUGGAUGGCCUCGAGAGGAUCGGGAACAGGACCCCCUGGGCCGAGUUCAACAUUUUUAUCGAUCCAGAGUCUGCCGAUUUGAUCCUCAGCAACGAAGUACUGGCUAAGAAAUCCACCAUGAUUCCCCUGGAUGUCACGCAUUUGGUUCUAGCCACAAAGGAAGUCCAGCAGAGGUUGCUUCAUGGCGAUGGUGGCCCCGCUGAAGCCGAGGCCAAGGGCAGGACGACACUGCGUGUCAUGCUCGUCGAGCUUCUAAACUUCUUUGCUGAGACUUACAGAACUGCCUUUGGCAUCACGGAGGGUCCUCCCCUGCACGAUCCAGUGGCCGCCGCCAUAGUGUUGCAGAGCCUGCCCGAGGAAUACCGGGUUCCGUUUUACGACUUUGACAUUGCAAGGGAUGGCGGGAAGCGCCACGAACGCUUCUCCGUCAGGGUUGUCACCGAAGGUACCUACGAAGAUGCAUAUGCCGGUGCGCAGACGGGGCGCACCAUUGCGAGUGUGCUUCCCGAGGGUGCACAAGGCGUUGCGAUACCGCGCGGAUUGGACAUUCCCAAAUUCUGGACCGUGAUUGAACAGUGUAUACAGCGGGCCGACGAUUUAAAUGCAAAGUCUAGCGCGGGAGGUCCCAAUGCUUGA